GGGCCGGGGCGGCGGAGCGGCAGCCGCGAUGGCGGAGCCCGGCGGCGCCGGGGCCGAGCGCGGGCCCCCCAUCCGCGUCACCGUGAAGACCCCGAAGGACAAGGAGGAGAUCGACAUCGGGGAGGGGGCGUCGGUGCGAGAGUUCAAGGAGGAGAUCUCCCGCCGCUUCAAGGCGCAGCAGGACCAGCUGGUGCUCAUCUUCGCGGGCAAGAUCCUGAAGGACGGAGACACCCUGAAGCAGCACGGGGUCAAGGACGGGCUCACCGUGCACCUGGUCAUCAAGACCCCGCAGAAAGUCCAGGACCCCACGGCCGCCGGCCCCGCUGACCCGACGGCCCCGGGCCCGGACGCCCCGUCGGCCCCCGCGGACGCCCCGUCCUCGCCCGCGGCCCCGUCCCAGCCCUCCACCUCGGGGGCCGCCCCGCCGGACGGGGGCCGGAGGCCGGGGGUCGGGGUGGGGGACGGGGCCGCCCCCGCCUCGGCGUCCAUCCUCUCCGGGUUCGGCGGGCUCCUGGGACUGAGCAGCCUGGGCCUGGGCUCGGCCAACUUCAUGGAGCUGCAGCAGCAGAUGCAGCGGCAGCUGAUGUCCGACCCGGAGCUGCUGACGCAGAUCAUGGAGAACCCCCUGGUGCAGGACGUCAUGGCCCAGCCGCAGCUCAUGCGUCACAUGAUCAUGGCCAACCCCCAGAUGCAGCAGCUCAUGGAGCGGAACCCCGAGAUCAGCCACAUGCUCAACAACCCGGAGCUCAUGCGCCAGACGAUGGAGCUGGCCCGCAACCCGGCCAUGAUGCAGGAGAUGAUGCGCAACCAGGACCGGGCGCUCAGCAACCUGGAGAGCAUCCCCGGCGGCUACAACGCCCUGCGUCGCAUGUACACCGACAUCCAGGAGCCCAUGUUCAGUGCCACCCGAGAGCAGUUCGGCAGCAACCCCUUCUCCUCGCUGGCGGCCAGUUCGGACGGCGCGGCCUCUCAGCCGCUGCGCACGGAGAACCGCGAGCCCCUCCCCAACCCCUGGAGCCCCUCCCCGCCCACGUCCCAGGCGGGGCCGGCGGGCGAGGGCUCGGGGGGCACGGGAGGCCCCGCCGCCCCCACCGUCUCCAACCCGUUCGGCAUCAACGCGGCCAGCCUGGGCGCCGGGAUGUUCAACAGCCCCGAGAUGCAGGGCCUCCUGCAGCAGGUGGCCGAGAACCCGCAGCUGAUGCGCAGCGUGCUGUCGGCCCCCUACAUGCGAGGCCUGAUGCAGGCGCUGGCCCAGAACCCCGACCUGGCGGCCCAGAUGAUGGUGAACGUGCCCCUGCUGUCGGGGAGCCCCCAGCUCCAGGAGCAGCUGCGCCUGCAGCUCCCCGUCUUCCUGCAGCAGAUGCAGAACCCAGAGUCCCUGUCCGUCCUGACCAACCCCCGGGCCAUGCAGGCCCUGCUGCAGAUCCAGCAGGGGCUGCAGACGCUGCAGACCGAAGCCCCCGGCCUGGUGCCCAGCCUCGGCAACCUGGCCGCGCCCCGGAUCCCCCCUCCGGACGCCGCGGCCCCGUCCACGUCGCCGUCCGCCGCGGGGACCACCGCGCCCGGCGGGACCAGCCCCCAGCGGCAGCUCAUGCAGCAGAUGGUGCAGCUGCUGGCCGGAGCGGGCGGCGGGGGACAGGCGCAGACCCCGGAGGUCCAGUACCAGCAGCAGCUGGAGCAGCUGAGCGCCAUGGGCUUCAUCGACCGGGAGGCCAACGUGCAGGCCCUGAUCGCCACCGGAGGGGACAUCAACGCCGCCAUCGAGAGACUGCUGGGGGCCCAGCCCUCCUAACCCCCCGCCCACCCGGUUCCGCGCGGCCCCCUCCCCCGGCCCCUCCGCGCCCCGCCCCCGCCCCCGCCGGUAUUUACACACCUGGGACUGCUCGGAGCUGGGGAGGGGAGGGUCCUCCCCGCCGCCCGCCCACCCCCCCGCCCCCAACCCACCGUCCGUGUCCCCCGCCGUCCCCAAUGGAGCAAAGAGUUGUGAAACGU